GUGGAGUUGGAGGGGGGAUUUCCGGGUCUGAACCGGACCAGCUUUUGCGACAUGACAGUGUGGCUCUGCUAACCCGACCGAACCAAACCGAACCGAACCGAGCUGCCUGUGGCUGACAUGUCCGGCCAGAGGCGCGGAAAGACCUUGAUCAUCACCGACGAUGAGGAAGAGGAGGAGGGGCAGGCGGAGGACCUGAACCCGUUCUCCUUCAGGGAGUUCAUGCGCUGGAAGACUCACGACGGAGACCCGGAGCAGGACCAGAACCAAGUGGAGAGGAACCUGCCUCACCUGGAUGCGGACAUCAGCAGCUGCUUCCUGUCUGAGACUCACCUGGCAACGCAGGAGGAGGAGGAGUGGGGGCGGAGCUUCCAGUCAGGCGUGGAGAGCACCUCCUCCCUGUGCACUGAAGAUGAUGAAGAGGAGGAGGAAGAGGAGACGCGGUUCUCCUCUAAGCCCGAAGGACACACAGAGAACUAUGAGGGAGACGAUGAAACCUCCCUGGCUGAGGCUGCCCCCACCUGCAGGAGGAGGACUGCUCAGAUGCAGCAGCUGAAGGAGGAGAACCAGUCUCUGAGGAGGACGCUCAGGGAGCUGCAGAGGAGAGCCGAGGAUGACCAGCGCAGGGUGACACAGCUGACAGAAGAGCUGCUGCAGAGGAGGCGUCAGGAGGAGAAGGAGGCGCAGGAUCUUGAGAACAUGGUUCACUCCGUGGAGCAGAACCUGCAGCUGAUGACGAAACGAGCCCUUAAGGCAGAAAACACAGUUUCCAGACUGAAGGCGGAGCUUCAGCAGCUGCAGGGCGAGGUGCAGCGUCUGUCAUCGGAGAACUGCAGCCUGAAAGCAGCAGAGUCUCAGGUCGUCAUGACGAUGAGGCAGAACGCCCAGGUGGCCUCCGAGUACUUGAACAAGACGACGAGCCGCGCCUACUCUUCCAUCCGUCAGCUGAUGGGGGAAGCGGAGACUCUCCGCUUGGUGUCUCAGCUGCUUCAGUCCAUCGAGAAGAUCUCCAGCGUGGAUGCAGAGUCCUGAGCCGCUCCUCAUCCUCACGCCGCCGCCCUCAGUCAUGGAACCGAUCCCAGGUCAGAGGGCGGGGCCAUCAACCAGGGGACGCGGAUGAAGCUUCACACUGAAGAUCAUCAUCAUCCUCUUCAUGAACUUGAGCUAAAAAUGGAGGUUUCUGCCUCUCCUGGUGAGAGGUGAAGCCGCCUUUCAGCAAUAGAUUUCAAAUCGUCCGUAUUUGCUGUAAUCUGUCUGUUAUUUGAACAGUUUUCUCAGAUGUUUAUCUCUCUGAGGUCAUUUUGAAAUGUCAGAUGCGCCACUGAAAAGAUGUUUUUUGAGAUCACCUUCAUCCCAAACUUCAGUGGAAACCUGAAGAAGUUCCAGCUUUGGGGAAAUCUGGUCCAGAGUUCAGCUUGAUGCGGUUUGUGGAUGUUGGACUGCCAUCUAGUGGUGUGGAGUGGACUGGUCUUCCAAACUGGACCAAGCGAUGAACGUAUGAAGGCCUUUGACCCCGAACUCUGACCUUCAGCAGAUCCCCUCCGUGCUCAGCCCCCCCUGGCAGCUGUAGAUGUAAACCCGCUCAUCCUGCUCUCCAGGAAAACCAUUUAUUUACACAUCAUGUUUGAGGACCACUGAUCUUUGAAUUCAAAGAGAGUUUUGAUCUUUGAACACGCCUCCACGCCGUGUUUGCUGCUCUGCAUGUGCUGAUAGUGAAAACCUCAGAAAGGCCAGGCGGAGGGGCGCGCACAGGCCGCGGCUAUAAACGUUCUGACAUCUGUGGUUGCUAUGGUUACAGGGUGUGAAGUGCUGAGUUCAUGAAAACCUUUUCGUCAGGUGUUACAGGGGGUGUGACCCCCCACUUGACUCUGAGGAAUCGUGCCAAAAUGCAUCAUUUCACCAUGAAACAUGCAAACAGACUGUGUCAUUGCUUUAUUUUUUAGAGGGAAAUAAAUGAUGUUGAACUUUUAA